CCAUUGUGAUGUCACUGAGAGCGACCUGCCGCCGCAGUGCGCACGCGCCGUAGCUGGUGCGGAAGUGAGAUGAUGACAAAGCUAUGGAGCUGUUGAGGGGGGAAUUUCGGCUCUGGCUUUUUUGUCUUUCUUUUCUUCCCAGCUUUUUGUGCUGGGAAGUUACUUUCCCCUUUCGGUCUGUGUAUUGUCAGCUAUCCGAUUCCUGCGAUUGCGCCUUCCAGCCCAGAAUUGACCAUCUGGAGUUGGAUCUGUGUCGCCAUGUGUAUGGACAGCAUGUGGCCAAAGAAGUGAUCGUCAAAGCCAUCAAACAGUUCCUGGCGAAGCACUCCCCAGUGAAACCCCUGGUCUUAUCGUUCCAUGGCUGGUCAGGGACUGGGAAAAGCUAUGUUACUGCAUUGUUAAUGAGAAACUUGUACCGGGAUGGGAUGAAAAGCUCUUAUGUGCACCAGUUUGUACCCACCUUGCACUUUCCCCAUGCCUGCCAGGUUGACACGUACAAGGAGCAGUUGGAAAGUUGGAUCAGUGGUAACUUGAGUGACUGCAGCAGAUCUGUCUUUAUAUUUGAUGAAAUGGACAAAAUGCACCCAGGUUUGAUUGAUGCAAUCAAGCCCUUCCUCGGUAGUUCACAUGUUAUGUACGGAACAAAUUAUCGAAAGGCGAUAUUUAUUUUUGUAAGCAAUGCUGGAGGUGAGCAGAUAAACAACGUGGUGCUACACUUCUGGAAGAUUCAAAAGGACAGGGAGGAAAUUCAAUUGGAAGACUUGGAGUCCAAAAUAUCCAAGGCAGUUUUCAAUAAUAGACUCAGUGGGUUCUGGAAUUCCACGAUCAUAAAUGAACAACUUGUCGAUUAUUUUGUACCAUUUCUACCUCUGAAACUUAAGCAUGUCAAGGAAUGUGUGAGAAGUGAGAUGGUCUCCAGAGACAUAAAACCUUCAGAUGAAAUAGUUGCAGAAGUCGCCAAGUCCAUGAACUUUAUCCCAGAGAGUGAGAAAUUGUUUUCUCAAACAGGCUGCAAGACUGUCUCUGCCAAAUUGGACUUUUUCUUGUAACUCCAAGGGGAUCUUGUUCAAAUGUGUGUGAGAAAGUAGAAUUGUAUAUCAGGGAUUACCAAUGUCUCCUGGGAGAGAAUUGUGAAGAUCUUACUAUUGUUGCUAACUUAUUUAAUGUGAUGAUAUACAAUUAGCCUUCAGACUGAUGUCCUGUUUUAGGGAUAAACUAUUAGGCCAGAAGAAGAUGAAAAAUCUUUUACUGGACUUUUUUUCUUUUUUAAGACAAAGUGUUUAACUUUUAUUCAAAUGAAUCUGUUGUUGUCUCACUCGACAGAGCAGUCAGUAAAGAACUACCUUUUCUUUUAAUAACCAAGUCAGGUUGAAUGUUCGUUAAAUUGUGAAGGGAACUGAUGGUCUUUUGUGUUUUGACUUGAGGAAGCAGGUUAUUUAUUAAACACACAGUAAACGUUUCAAAGCUGGAGCUCACAAUUGGCAUUUCAAAACCUUCCAACUCUCAAAUUUAAAUUUGUCUUUACAGUAAAUUGUUCUGUUUUAAAUAGCACUGAAAUAUAUUGUAUUGUCUGCUUACUGAUUUCCAAAAAAACUCUUCCAGAUAGUUUAAUGUUUAAAACUGUAUUUCAAAGGAGAAACCAGCAAACUUCAUUACUUAACAGUAUUUCCUGCAAUUUUUAAAUAUUAAAUAAACUAUUUGCAAAUUGUGAACAUGCUGAAUGUCUAAGUGAUAAUAUCUGUUUUUUAUUACAAAAGAUUAUGGAAUACAUUUGUAUAGUUCCUCACCUCUUCUUGUUCUUGCAACAAGAAUCUGGAUUGGCACCUUUGGAAUCACCAGUUAAUAGAUAUGAGGGGGAUGAAAUAUGAUAACAGCAUAAAUUGACUUGCUUCUACGUGUUGGUGUAGUUAGAAAUGCUCUACAGCUUUGACAAUAUUCUGGAUUGGAGAGAGAAGAAGGACUGAGAAUAAGUAUAAACUAAAAGAAAGGAAAAUGAGCUGGUGGUUUAUGGGAGUUGGAAUUUUAUUUUACCUAGAGGAAUAUGGUGAAAUCUAUUGAGCCUAGAACCAAACAAGAUUAUUUCUCUAAACUUACUUGCCCAAUGUCAAGUAGGCUCAAGCAAUAAUACCGAGGUCAUAACCUUUGAGGUUCGGCUUGGUUUUGAUGACUAGCUCCUUGUGAUAAUGGUGGAGCCUCUUUCCUUGGCUGGCUCAUGUUGGUAAAUCAUUAACCUAUAUUGACUGAUGACUGGAUCCUCCCCCUCCCACAAUGAAUGCAAUAAACAGUCUUUUGAGUGAUUGCACAGUGCAGUGUCAGUCCCUUUCACUAUACAGUCCACUACUUACCACAACCUUUUUCUUUUGCACAUUCCCCCACUCAUAUG